AACAGCAUCAAAUUAGGCAAGUAAUCAUAUAACCCACGCUGUUUGCACCAUUUCAUUGCAGAAAUGGAGAAUCGAUCAUCUCACCAUACAAAAAUCCAGCUCACUACUUUCAAUCUAGUACUUCACUGAUUGCCUCCUAUUACAAGUCUAACAAGUUACUUCUUCUUUCCGGCAUCUCAGGAGUUUCUCUAGCUUUGAUUGUUGGGAUUACUCUAGAAAUUUAUGACGAGAUUUAUGGUGCAGAUUUGCUUGAAUAGGACACGUUCGGUGUAGUACUAGAAUUGUAGUAAUGAGCUGAAUUUUUGUAUGGUGAGAAGGUGAAUUCUCCGUUUCUACAAGGAAAUGGUGCAAAAAGCGUGGGUAUUAUGAUUCCUUGUCUAAUUUAAUGCUAUUUGAGCAAAACUUUGGGUAACUGUAUUGUUUAAAUUGCAAGAAAUGGAGACAACAACAACAAUGUUGCCCAAAGUUUUGCUCAAGCAGCAUCAAAUUAGGCAAUGAAUCAUAAUACCCACGCUUUUUGCACCAUUUCCUUGCAGAAAAGGAGAAUUCACCUUCUCACCAUACAAAAAUUCAGCUCAUUACUACAAAUCUAGUACUUCCUGAUUGCGUCCUAUUGCUUCAGGAACUGAUUUUGGGUUUUAUUCAUUAGAGAUCCUUUCCUUAGGGCAUUCUUCGUGAUGGGAUUCUUCCAGAAAUUCUUUGUGUGAUUUCUUCAAGAAUUUCUGAUUCGUUUCUAGUAGAUAUUUUUGCUGGUGUUUCUCCAUGAGUUCCGCCGGAAAUUCUUCCAGAAAUUCCAUAACGAUCCGUUCAGAUGUUUCCAUAUAAUAUUUUUCCAGGCAUUCCUCCUGUGGUUGCUCCAGAAGGCAGUAUAUCAUCAGGCAGUAUAGUUCUCAAAUCAGCAGCUGUUUAACAGCUCAAGAACAUAUUUGUACCAAAGCGCUAUUUGAUUAAAAAAAUCCUGAUUUUGUUGUCCUUAACCGUUUUAAUUUAAUGUUUGCAUAUUGGCUAUCUCGGUAUGAAGUCGGUCCAAUAGGAAGCAAUCAGUGAAGUACUAGAUUGAAAGUAGUGAGCUGGAUUUUUGUAUGGUGAGAUGAUCAAUUCUCCGUUUCUGCAAAGAAAUGCUGCAAACAGCGUGGGUUAUAUGAUUUCUUGCUUAAUUUGAUGCUGUUUGAGCAGAACUUUGGGUAACUGUGUUGUUGAAGUUGCAAGAGACGAAUUUCGCGCCAACUCGACCAGUGGUUGGCAACACCCUCUCAGAAUCGAAUGAAACUUGGUGGGCAUAAAGACUAGGUUUUUAUAAGCAACUUUGCAUACUUAAAUUUUCGAAAAUUUUCAAGAGUAACAUUUGAAGAGGGCCUAACUUUUUUUCGAAGAAUUUUUUAAAAUCGAUGUAACUCAAAAAUGACAAGACCUAUAGAAAAGUGUUGUAUGGGGGACUUUUAGAGAAUUGUCCAAGCUUUCAUGAAAAAAUAUUUUAAAAAUUCUAAAUACAUUUUUACACGCUAAAAAAUAUAUUUUUAAAAUUAAAAGUCAAUUUACAGAAAAUGCCCACUUUUUUAUGUUUUGAAAUUUUUUUUCCAAGAAAGUCAAUAUUGUUGCCUAACUUUCCUGCAUACAUCACAAGAUGGGCACUUUUAAGGAAAAAAAGUUUUUCUAACAAAAACUUUUUCAUGUUAUUUUUUUUAGCGUGUUGCGCAUUAACUCGUACAGGAUGUAUCAAGAAUCCUUAUACCCAUUUAAUAACACUCAAUGGGCAUUACAACUUUGUUUGAUUGUGUGCCUUCUUUUUCUUGGCGUUACAUCCCAACUGGAAUAGAACCUGUUUCUCAGCUUGUUUUGAUAUCUGAAUGCUUAAAACAGCAUUAUGUUUGCUGAAAUUGUAUUAUUGUGUGCCUAGAACCAGUGAACUAACAUCAUUAUUAGAAGCGAAUGAUAAAGAAUCGGUUUUAUUUCAACAAUGGCUAACCACUGAUCGAUGCAAUUUGGAAACUAUUACUAAGACUAUAGACGAGUUUGUUCCGUAUUUUGUAGAAAAAGUUGAUAAGCUUAUAACUCAUGAUUUCAUUUAUAAAGAACAAUCCUCAUUUUUGCGGGAUAAAAAAGAUUCUCUUAAACAGGGUGAAGUAUUAACAAUUUGUGACUUUUCAGAAAAUUAUUCAUUUAUCAUUCAAAAUUCAGCUCAAGGUUACCAUUGGAAUAAUUCUCAAGCUACCAUUCACCCCUUUGAAGUGUACUACAGAAAAGAAAAUAAGUUGGAAAACUUGAGCUUUAUAAUAAUAUCUGAAGUACUUACACACGAUACAACAGCAGUUCAGUUAUUUAUAUCAAAACUGCUGGAUUUCAUUAAACAAUCGAUUGAUUUCUCAAAAAUUACUUUCAUGUCAGAUGGAGCAGCAGCUCAUUAUAAGAACAAAAAAAAAUUUGCCAGUUUGUGCAGUUUUCGGUCCAAUUAUGGAUUGGAAGCAGAAUGGCACUUCUUCGCAACUUCACAUGGCAAAGACCCAUGUGACGCUGUUGGAGGUACUCUCAAGCGAAUGGCAAAACGAGCAAGUCUUGCUCGAGAUUAUGGAAACACAAUCACAACUCCUCGAGAACUGUAUGACUGGGCAGUUAAACAGUCAGAUAUACAUAUAACAAAAUUGAAUUUCUGCUUUAUUUCAAAUGAACAAUAUGCAAAAAUGACGCAUGAACUUGAAGAACUAUACACAUACAGUCACGUAAAAACAAUACCUGGUACACAAAAAUUUCAUUCAUUUGUGCCAAUUUCUGAAAAUCAAAUUGAAGCGAAGAAGUUUUCGAAUUCAAAAGAUAAUCCAAAAAAGUUUACAUUGUUUCAGAUAGACUAAAGAUCUAAUAUUCAAAAAACGUUACAAUAGAAUGUAUAAAAGAAGAAUGUAUAUAUUGUACAAAAGAAAAUAAUUGAAUACACAUAUACAUAUGCACAUAUUUCGUCAAUACACAAGCGUUUUCAUUGAUAUAAAACCCUAAAAGCAAAUUUGUCUUGAGCCCUUUCCAAUAUCAAGCACGUUUUCAAUGUCAAGCACGUUAAGAUAUUAAAAAAGUAGUUGAGCCCAUUAAGUUUUAAUGGAUUGUCAUUAGGAUUCUGGAUACAUUACUGUACGAGUUAAUGCACAACACGCAAAAAAAAAAUAAAAUGAAAAAGUUUUUUUAGAAAUUUUUUUUUUCCUAAAAAGUGCCCAUCUUGUGAUGUAUGGAGGAAAGUUAGGCAACUAUAUUGUCUUUCUUGGGAAAAAAAUUCAAAACAUAAAAAAGUGGGCUUUUUUUGUAAAUUGACUUUUAAUUUUGAAAAGAUAUUUUUUAGCGUGUAAAACAUUUUUUUAUAUUUUUUAAACAUGUUUUCUUGAAAGCUUGAACAAUUCCCUAAAAGUCCCCCAUACAUCACUUUUUUGUACAACUUAUCAUAUUCGAGUUAUAUUUUUUGUGAAAAAAAAACGGCCAAAGCGCAACACGCUAAAAAAACUAACUUGAAAAAGUUUUUGUUAGAAAAACUUUUUUUCCUUAAAAGUGCCCAUCUUGUGAUGUAUGGAGGAAAGUUAGGCAACAAUAUUGACUUUCUUGGAAAAAAAAUUUCAAAACAUAAAAAAGUGGGCAUUUUCUGUAAAUUGACUUUUAAUUUUAAAAAUAUAUUUUUUAGCGUGUAAAAAUGUAUUUAGAAUUUUAAAAAUAUUUUUUCAUGAGAGCUUGGACAAUUCUCUAAAUGUCACCCAUACAUCACUUUUUUGUACAUCUUAUCAUAUUCGAGUUAUUUUUUGUGAAAAAAAAACGGUUAAAGAACUUUGACUCUUUUUAAAUGUUAGUCUAGGUUAAUUUUGAAAAAACAAAAUACGCAAAGUUGCUUGAAAAGGUAAAGUCUUGAAACCUACAAAAUUUCAUAACAUUCUGAGGGGGUGCUGCCAACCCCGAAGACGAGUUGGUGCGAAAUUCGUCAAGAAAUAAAUAAUACAACAACACAGUUACCCAAACUGUGAUGAUCAAUAGGACAAAUCGGUGAAGUACUACAUUUGUAGUAAUGAGCUGAAUUUUAGUAUGGUGAGAAAGUCAAUUCUCCGUUUCUGCAAUGAAAUUAUGCAAAAAGCGUGGGUAUUAUGAUUCCUUGCCUAAUUUGAUGCUGUUUGAGCAAAACUUUGGGUAACAGUGUUGUUGUUUUCUCUAUUUCUUGCAACAUAAAAAACAUAGUUAUCCAAAGUUUUGCUCAAACAGCAUCAAAUUAGGCAAGGAAUCAUAAUACCCACGCUUUUUGCACCAUUUCAUUGCAGAAACGGAGAAUUGACCUUCUCACCAUACAAAAAUUCAGCUCAUUACUACAAAUCUAGUACUACACCGAACGUGCCCCAUUCUCCAUUUCUGCAAUGAAAUGGUGCAAACAGCUUGGGUUAUUUGAUUUCUUGCCUAAUAGGAAGCAAUCAGUGAAGUACUAGAUUGAAAGUAGUGAGCUGGAUUUUUGUAUGGUGAGAUGAUCAGUUCUCCAUUUCUGUAAUGAAAUGGUCCAAACAGCGUGGGUUAUAUGAUUUCUUGACUAAUUUGAUGCUA